UUUGGAUCUGCGGGAAUGUGGGCUGGAGUGAUCCUGCAGCGGUACCAGCCUCCAGCCUGCUGCCGAGACUGCCUGUGACUCAGGCGCGCCCGCUGCUCGGUGGCGGGAGGGCCGGCGGAGCGCCAUGGCCUGCAGCCUGAAGCCUUUGCAACUGGACUGUGACCUUUGUGCCAUAGUGUCAAACUCAGGUCAGAUGGUUGGCCAGAAGGUGGGCAACGAGAUAGAUCGCUCCUCGUGCGUUUGGAGAAUGAACAAUGCCCCAACCAGGGGCUAUGAAGAAGAUGUUGGGCGCAUGACAAUGAUUCGCGUUGUGUCCCAUACCAGUGUUCCCCUUUUGCUAAAAAACCCUGAUUAUUUUUUCAAGGAAGCAAACACUACUAUUUAUGUUAUCUGGGGCCCUUUCCGUAAUAUGAGGAAAGAUGGCAAUGGCAUCGUUUACAACAUGUUGAAAAAGACGGUCGACAUCUAUCCAAAUGCUCAAAUUUAUGUGACCACAGAGAAGCGCAUGAGCUACUGUGAUGGAGUUUUUAAGAAGGAAACUGGGAAAGACAGGACAGAAGGGUAUAGAAAAGUCCCCUACCAUUAUUAUGAACAAGGAAGAGAUGAGUGUGAUGAAUAUUUUCUUCAUGAACAUGCCCCAUAUGGGGGGCAUAGAUUUAUCACUGAAAAGAAAGUGUUUGCUAAAUGGGCCAAGAAACACAGGAUAAUAUUUACACACCCAAACUGGACAGUGUCUUGAUGUUGAGUUUUGUUUUGUUUUGUGUCUUGCCACACCAUUCGAUGCUAUCAUAAUCGCAACUAUGAUGCUGAUGAUCCUCAUGCUGAUGAUAAUAAUGAUGAGGAUGAUGAUCAGGACAGCGACAAUGAUGAUCAAGUUCCUGUACCUUCUCAGACAUGGAUGGUGACUCUGCCAGUAAUUUGAACUUGGAUUCUGUGAAGGGUGGUUGUGCUCAUUAUGUUCUUUCUGAAGGUUCAACACUACAUACUGCACUUUAUAAUUUAACUGGAAUUGAAAUGAAGGACAGUGACAUGACAGCUAUGACCUAAGAAAUGGGAAGAUUAUCCUUCAAGAUGGCUGCCCAGAAUUCUUGAACUGUGAGUAGCUUCCAAAAGCCAUGGGAAUUGGCCACAUGAGGCAAAGUUAUUGACUCUACAGCCUCUUGAACCUGAGCAGCUCCACCACCUUGAAUAAUGGUUGAUUGUCAAACACUGACUCAAGAAAUGGUAUCUGGGU